UGCUCAGGUUUGUCGUCAGGUGGCACGGACUCUCUGUUGUGUCUGUGAUUGGAACAACGCGUGAGCAGUGCAGCAGUCAGCCUCAGUGGCAACCUUGCCAUGGUUGUAAAGAGGUUGUGCUGUAGCACACACCCAGCUACACUCCUGUUUUCUCUUCCAAAACCAGAUGCUGCUUCUGAUCCUGCUGCCUUGGGCUCCCUGUGCCAAUCCGGAGUGAGUAAUGAAUUUCGAGCCCUUCGGCUCCGGCAAGGAUGCUGUUUCCAUGAGCCCAUGUGAUGCUUCGAUAGUACAGCAGCUGCAGCUCUUCCUUUCUCCUGCUCUUCCAUAAUCUCGGGCUGUCAUGGCGACUCCCAACAAUGUUACUCCCACCAACUGCAGCUGGUGGCCCAUUUCAGCCCUGGAGAACGAUGCAGCAGGCAAAUCCAUGGAGACAGAGGAAAUCCAGGACCCGGCACACCCUGCUUUCCGAUCCAAGGACAGGCUGGUUUUAUAUCACUGGACCCAGUCAUUCAGCUCACAGAAGGUCCGCCUAGUCAUUGCAGAAAAGGGGUUACCAUGUGAGGAGCGGGACGUCAGCAUGCCACUGACUGAGCACAAAGAGCCCUGGUUUAUGCGGCUCAAUCUUGGGGAAGAGGUGCCCGUCAUCAUCCACGGAGACAACAUUAUCAGCGACUACAAUCAGAUUAUCGAUUACAUGGAAAAGACCUUCACAGGAGAAAAUGUUACCCAGCUAAUCCCAGAAACGGGGAGUCUCCUUCAUUCCAGAGUGAUGCAAUACAGAGAGCUGCUGGAUUCCUUGCCCAUGGAUGCUUAUACGCACGGAUGCAUCCUUCACCCAGAGCUCACCACAGACUCUAUGAUUCCAAAGUAUGCUACAGCCGAGAUCCGCAGACAUUUAGUGAAUGCCACCACGGACCUUCUGAAGUUAGACCAUGAAGAGGAGCCACAGUUAACAGAGCCAUAUCUUUCCAAACAGAAGAAACUCAUGGCCAAAAUCCUGGAACACGACAAUGUGAACUACUUGAAGAAAAUCCUGGGUGAUCUGGGAAUGGUGCUAGAUCAGGUCGAGGCUGAGCUGGAGAAGAGGAAAAUUGAAUACCAAGGACAGAAGUGUGAACUCUGGCUUUGUGGGUGUGUUUUCACCUUAGCUGACAUCUUGCUGGGAGCCACUUUGCACCGCCUCAAGUUUCUAGGACUCUCUAAGAAAUACUGGGAAGACGGCAGCAGGCCCAACCUACAGAACUUCUUUGAAAGGAUACAAAAACGUUUUGCCUUCAGGAAAGUUUUGGGAGACAUACACACCACCCUUCUCUCGGCUGUGGUACCUAAUGCCUUCAGGCUGGUCAAACGGAAACCACCAUCCUUUUUCGGCGCGUCCUUCCUCAUGGGAUCUCUAGGUGGGAUGGGGUAUUUUGCUUAUUGGUAUCUAAAGAAGAAAUACAUCUAAUGCUGGCUGUUCCGGUGUUUCGUUUGGUGUCUGUGCUGUGUGAAACCAUGAUGAAUCCUCAGUAAUUGUAUUGAAAAAUCUGAAACCAAUAUGAAUAAUUAUACUGUUAAUGUAACAUUCCAUAGUCUAGAAGUAGAAACUUAUACUGCAAGGAAGCGAGUCAACAAAAAUAAUCAACCUGUUUUAAAAAGAAGAAGAAGCCUUUUUUUAGGUUUAACUGUUAUUAAAGUGUAAACGGUAGAGGUGUAUAAGGCUUACACAACCACCGUAGAGCAAAACUGCCCUCUUAGCACAGUCAAGCUCCAUCAGAAGAUGUGGUAACCCCCGGCAAAACAGAGUCCAAAUAGAGGGGGUUCUUUUCUGUACCUUUGCAUUUUUCCCACUGUUUGUUGGCCACAUAGCACAUUUUUUCCACGGGUGCAAACAGCAGGGAUUUUUCUUCUCCUCCGUACUAUGGUGGUGAUGUGGUGAAACAGAGUCUUUUAUAGAAAGGGAAUGAAUGUGAUCAAUUAAACCACACUUGAUAAAGUUCUGGUUUUUGGUGGAAAUGAAAUCUCUCUCUCUCUCUCUCUCUCUCUCUCUCUCUCUCUCUCUCUCUCUGUAUCAUUCUUUCCAUUCAAUCAAGUAUUUUUAUUGACCUGCGCUUAGAAUGUAUCCACUUUCUACUUCUAUUUUUUUAAUUUUUUGUAUCUAUAGCUAACAGACAGUGGUCUUUUCUGAUUGUAAUCUUGAUUUCAAUGAUGAAUUCCGUCUUACCGAGGUGUUCACCUCCAGCUUCUUUCAUGAAUUUGCCAAGCGUCGUUCACCAACAGAGCCUUUUCGGGACUCUUUAACAACAUGACUGUUUUCAUUAAGUUAUCAAGCCAUUUCCAAAAGAGUUCUGUUAUUUGGACUUUUGUGUUUCCUCUUUCUUUCAGAGCUGUCUCGCUGUGUAUUUUCUUAGGAACACUUUGCACAGAGAAAAAAAAUCACUUUCUUGUGCCUUUUGCAUGUCGGAAAGAAUAACGAGCAUCACUGCUAUUCACGCUUUAAAAAAAAAAACUUCUGAGAUCCUAAAUAAACCAUAUGGGAGGAGUAA